GAAAGACGGAGGGAACUUUCUUUGCGUGCACAACUUUGGGGCACUUCUUCAUACACUUUAGAACUUCGUGAAAGCAUGGUAUCAGAUCUUACCUAUUUUCAAAACCAUGUUCAUAAAGAGAUAACCAAAAUGACGGACCGUCGACAAUUUUUACAAACUAAACUGGAUAACAAUAAAUAUGUAUCCAAAAACACGAAACGAUUAGAACAACUCGAACUGGAAUUUGACCAGUUCAAAAUUGACUAUCACUCAGUUAUCGAUACUCGCGCCGUCCAUCAUUGAUUAAAGGGUGAUACAUCGGACGAUACGAAAGAAUUAGAACACCGACCAAACAAACGCUCAGAUAACAUGUCUUUAGAUAAUAAUAGACAAAUGGGCCCUGUUAAAA